AUGUCAAUGUACACCAACGACCAAAGGAUGCUCAUUCAAUGUUUUCAAGACAGCCUUACCGGUGCAGCUUUACGUUGGUAUAUGGGAUUAGAUAGUUCUCAGAUCAAGACUUUCAACGAUUUAGGCGAGGCCUUUAUCAAACAUUACAAAUACAACCUGGAUAAUGUGCCAGACCGAGAUCAGUUGAGGUCCAUGCAACAAAGAGAAAAGGAGAUAUUCCGUGAAUACGCGCAAAGGUGGCGCGAAAUUGCAGCACAGGUUGUUCCACCUAUGGAAGAAAAGGAGAUGACGAAAGUGUUCUUAAAGACUCUUGAUACUUUUUAUUACGAGAGGAUGAUUGCAAGCGCUCCUACAGACUUUACUGACAUGGUAAACAUGGGAGUCCGUUUAGAGGAAGCAGUUCGAGAAGGGCGUCUAGUUAGAGAAGGAAGUUCAUCUUCAAGCGGGGCAAAGAGGUACGGCGGUUUUAUGAAAAAGAAGGAACAAGAAACUAAUGUUGUGUCCUAUAAUCAUCCAAGAAGGAUCAAUUAUCCUUACCAUUCCCAACACCAACAUAUAGCAGCCGUGACUCCAGUAAUCACGUCCGCUCCAGUUCAAGUCCAAUACCCUCAGCAGCGUACCAACCGCUUCCAACAGAAUACUCAGUAUCAGCAACAACAUCAACCUCAACAACAUCAACAUCAGUUACAACAACGUCCACCACAGCAACAAAGAAGAACCAAUUUUGAUCUAAUUCCGAUGUCAUAUGCAGAAUUGUAUCCAGCUUUGAUCACUAAAAACCUUGUGCAACCACGACCACGACCUCCUGUACCAGAAGUGCUACCUUGGUGGUACAAGCCAGAGGUAUCUUGUCCCUUUCAUCAGAAUGCUCCAGGUCAUGACUUAGACAACUGUUUUGCUUUAAAGUUGGAAGUACAGAAGUUGACAAGAGCAGGUAUCCUGACCUUCAAGAGCAUGGGUCCCAAUGUGAAGGACAAUCCAAUGCCAAGUCAUGGUCCUUCAUCAGUGAACAAUAUAGAAUUUUGUCUCAAUGAACAACGUGUUACGAAGAUAGAGGAGAUUCGACAGUCUUUGGUUGAAAUUCAUUCUGUUUUAUGUGCUCAUGGUCUAUUCCAACAUGACCACCAGAUCUGUGGUACAUGUUCAGUCAAUUCAAGAGGUUGUAGAAAGAUUCAAGAUGAUUUGCAAGGCGUCCUUGAUCAGGGUUUGAUUCAGAUUUCUAGAUAA